AUGAUGAUCCUCUUAUACCUAUUAAAUCUCGUCGGCUCCUCCUCCGUCGAGAUCGACUCGUUCAACCUGGAAACGGUGGACUCACAGAGCCUCGGCCCGGCCCUGAAACCCACAUUCCUUAUCAACGCAACACCAGAGGCCGUCGACCAGUUUAUGGGCAUCGCGCACACCGAUGGCGUCACGCAACACCGAAAGGCAAUCGAGCUCGAUGUGCUUGUCGGAACGCUGCGGCCGGAAGUUCAGGCGGCUUUUCAGACCUACAAGGCCGAGGCGCUGAUGCUAAAACUGUUGCAAGACGAGCGGUAUACGGUCGCUGUAGCCAAGGCGCACUACGUCAUCGCCCAUCUGCAAGCGCUAAAGGCGAGCCCGACAAUCGGCGACAACGAGAAGCGGAAACGGACCGAGAUGAUCUUUGCCGAGUUUACGAAUUUCAUCGUUGACUCGGUGACGGACGAGGUAAGUAACGUCGUCGAGAAUAUGAUGCGAAUGAUGUUGCGCGCCGUGCUGUUCACGGAAAAGUGGGGCUCG